GGGCGUCUCUGAAACAUGACUCCGGUUCAGUCUGGCCGCCAUCAUGAUAAGGUCGCCGAAGUGAGGAAGUUGGGACGCAAGAGUCCGUGAGCAGUAUAUCACAGUAGAACAAAAUAUUACCAAACAGAAAUGUCAGAUAGUUACAGAGAUCAGCUGCUGCUAGAUGCCUUGUUCCUGAAGCAAGAACAACAUUUAAGUACUGAUCUACUUGAUAAGCUGGUUCUGCAGCUUAAUAGGAUCUACCCUCAAAUUUUAACAGACAAGGAAGCACACAAGUUCCGUAGCUUAAAGUUUGCAACCAAUAAAAGGCUGGCAGAGUUGCUUGAUUUCUUGCCAAACAAAGGAGAAGAAGCUUGUCACGAAUUCUACCGUGCUUUGCAGAUCCAUGCAGAACACAUUUACCUCAACCUGCCUAGCAGAAGAACCAGGAGAGAUGCUGCUGAUAGCAAAGAAGUUAAAAUAUCAUCAAGCUUUGAGGAGAAAUGUGUGCUCAAUGAGAGAGGUCCAGUGUUCUACAUCACCUGCUUCAGUCUGGUUGCUGGACUGGCUAUUCUUUAUUACUGCAAUGAAGAGAACAAAACACUGGGAGAUGCAAAGCAGAUAUUAGCUUUUUCAGCUUUAGGCUUUGGCAGACGUGCAAAGGACCUCUUAAUAUCGUAUGCAGAGGACCAGUUUAAACAGAAAUAGCAGCACUCAUGCCACGUCUUUCAUGAUUCACGUCUACUGAAAAUGACAUGCUGACAAAAUACAAAUCCAAGAUGUCACCAAAACCAAAUUCAAACUGGACCUGAAAAGGCAGCAAUAAAAAACAAAGGAUCACUUUUAAGUGUACUUAUAUAUUUAUAUAUUGUAGCAUGUAAAUAGAACUAAUAGUUUUAUGUCACGUUUUUACUGCAUAAUAGACACCUUUGUGCCUUAUAUUCAUGACUUUGCACUUUUAUGCCUUUUUAUAUAUUGCUAUGCAUAUGUUUUUUUUAAAUUAAUAGUUAAAUGAUUUUAUGGUAUCUGUCAUUUGUUUUCCAACAGUGUGCACUGUUUUGUAUUACAAUGUAUGACUAUAUUUCUAUGACUCUUUUGGGCAUUGGGUAAAUUGUAUGCAGCUCUCACUUUGAAACCAAA